AUGACAGACCAGCCCACCACGCAGUCUGUGAGUAAUAACAACAUGAUGACCGAUAACAUUGUUUCGGUCCUUCCCAACAUCUUUCCCUUCUUCACUUUCGAAGACAUCAACACCAUUCUCCUUCGUGUAAAUUCUCAAUGGUGCCUUCAAUCACUUCGUUUUCUCUAUCAACUCCUUCACACUCCCAAUCGUUGCUGCCUCUUCAACAAUAUUGUAUUUGAUGCCUCUACUGGAAGUCGUAUCUUUGACUUUAACGAUAUCAAAACCAUACGUGUCGUGUUUGACACCUUGUAUCGAAAACAUUUUAAUUUAACACAAAAAGAUCCCAAACGAUUGACUUUACUCUACACACAUGUUCCCAUCCAAUAUCAAAAUACGGAACCUGUAGCACACAAGAAGAAUGAUCCAUCCUCAUUGCCAUCCAAUGAUAAAAACAAUGCACUCUUUCAAAAUGUCGUGUCAAGUGGUUCGAGCUCGUCUACUUCUCAACUUCCACAGUCUCCUUCCUCUCCGGCAUUGAAACCAUCACAGGGCUCUUCAAAUUCUCUGAGUAGUACCAAUGGAGGUCAGAAUUCAACAAAUUUAUCAAAUUUUGCUCAACAACAAAACGCAUCGGGAGGUAGUGGUACCACCAAUACACAACCAACGAGUGGAACUGCUACUGCAAACAAUCCAAACAGUAACACUACUGCUGCUCCAAAAGGUCUUUGCGGUGAAGAAGUGACACACAUGUUCCCGUUGACUGCUUUCAAUGAUUCUCCAGAUUUGGGAUAUCAAUUCACAAAUUACAGUUGCUUGUAUUUGUACGAUGGUCAUUUUGUCUUUGUCCUUUAUGGAAAUAUUUUGGGUUGUUUUGAUUUAUUGGGUCAUGUCGUGAGGUGGAGUGAAUUGGUCGAUGAAAAGUUACCAACUUCACGUCGUGUGAAUUACAUGUUUGUGAACGCGUUCACACAAACUGAAAAUUCAAUAAUUGUUCAAUUACCUCAACAAGUUGUGUGUUUCAAUAAGAAGAAUGGAAUGAAAGUGAACUUGAUAUUGAAUGAUCCCAUUACAAAAUUUCACAUGAUUAAUGAAAAGAGAGAACGAGUGUGUUGUGUCUCUUCAUUUACUGAAAUUGCAGGAAAUAGAAAGGAUGAACACUUUGAUGGAAUGUGUGUAUUGAUUGGUGAAAAUAUUGUUCGUGAUAAGAGUAUUGAUUUUACCAAAUUGACAAGCAUUUGGACUGAGGAACAGACCAAACAAGUUGGAGAAGCUCGAUCCUCAAGGACCAUUGCAUUUACUGGACUUUCUCCAAGUGCUCAUGAUUCACAUCCUUCCAAUGCUCUCGUUCCAUUCACAAUCACAAAUACUUUAACAAAUUCUCGUGAUGCUCAACAUUUGAUUAUUGCUCCUGUCACGAGUAGUGAAAUUACUCAAACAACUUCUGGAACUCAGAAAAGUUAUACUUCUUCGAGCAGUUCUGAAACGACACGAAGAACUCCUUCCUUUGGUUUCAUUGAAAAACCAAAACUUUACAUCUUUGAUGGUAAUACUUUAACAGUGACUGUUUCAGCAUCGGGACAAUCCAGAGAUCGACAAAUGUUGUUCCGUCCAAAGAAAUCUCCUGUUUUUUGUAUCUUGAAUGAAUACGAAGGAGAAAUGAGAAUUGUGAACAGAGAAGGAAAGAGAACUCAUAUUAUUAACUUGAAAAAGAUUUGUGGUGACCCCAAGUCGAAACAAUUGAAACAAUUACCAUUUAGAGACAUUACCAAUUGGCAUUUCCUUGUUGGAGAAAAGCCAGAUAUUGCCAUUAUUCAACCAGAUAUUGGUAGAAUUUUACACUUGAAAGAUUUACUUCCAUCUGAAAUUUCGCCUGACAAGAUUUUCAUUGUUGAAAAACAAACUAGUGAAACUAGACCAGGAAUUUCCAGAUUGGACGGUAUUGUCACCAUUCAGAAAGAAGAGAAAUUAAUUUCCUAUUAUGAAUUUGUUGAAAGCAGUUCAAGUAUUUUGGAAGGAACAUUCCAAUUGAAAUGGAGUCAAACACUGUCAUGGAAGAAGGAUGCUCAAUUCAUGUUUGAAUUUUCACACAUUCAACAUUCCAUUUCAGCUCCUCUUUGUCCCAACUCGAAUGAAGAAUCAAGAGUUCUUGUAUUUUCUAGACAAGUCAUUGAUCAACGUAGAUUCCUCACCAUUCAACAACGUUUAGACAUUCAACUCAUUGCUGUGAACAUGAAAGAUGGAUCUAUUAGAUGGCAAAAAGUACAUGAAUGUUAUCACGGAAGUGGAGGAGAUUUAUCAGAAGCUGAAAAGGGAUUUGACAUUUCAUUUUGUAAACGUUUCACAUGCAAGAAGGGUGACGACAAACUUGUCAUUACCAAUCCUCAAUUAUGUCUUGUAAGAUCCUUCUUUUCUCCAAUGAUUAAGCCAGAUAAGGGUGUUGCCAUUUGUGUUGCCUACAAACUCGAAGAUGGAGAAAUAUUAUGGAAUUACAAUGAAAAGAGAAAAGGUGCAAAAAUAGCCGAUGAUUAUAUUUUCAAUGUGGAACAUCAAAAAGGGCAGAAUAAUCCAAAUAAUAACACGGAAGAGUCAGAGGAUGGAAACGAUUCAGAUUCUGAAAAUGGAGAUCAUGAUGGAAAGAAGAAGGGAGGAACAAAGAAUGCAAAAUCCAACAAUAAUAAGGACUGUAUGGUCAUGUAA